UCGGUGAGCCAAAAAAAAUUAAUUACGACGAGAGCGAAAAGAAAGGGAGAGAGAGAGAGAGAGAGAGAGCUGUAUUCCCUGUUUCAUUCAUCACAUUUUUUUGAGCACCGAUAUACGCGGCUGAAUCAUAGGCAGCAUCAUUUUUUUUUCGUUUUUUUGGCUCAUCCCAUUCGUUUUUUUUCAAAUAAUCAUCGUUCCCCGAUGUUGAUUGAUUGAUUGUAACUUUUUUCGUUCGUUAACAAAAAUUAUCUUCUUUCUUUUUUUUAUAAAAAAAUCCGGAUUUUGUACCACUCUUUCUCCCUUGCUAUUUCGAAUAUCUUCUUCCCACACACAAACAUUUGCAUCAUCAAGAGAGAUACGAAUACGAAUUGCAUUCAUUCGAUUGUAAAAACCUAUUUUGGUUGAUUUUGUUUUUUGUUCAUCAAGAAAAUCUAUUGCAUCAAGAGACAAUCAAAUUGAAAAUCAUGCAAUCAUCAAUAAGAAUCGUAUUUUGAUCCAUGUAAUCUGAUUGUUGUUGUUGUAAAGUUGAUUGAAUUCGAAUUACAUCGUGGAUACCGAUAUGGGUAAAACUGGUGAAAUAACCGUUAUUGCAAAAUUUGAUUAUAAAGCACAAGGAAGUCAGGAAUUAGAUUUGAAAAAAAAUGAACGUCUUGUUUUAUUGGAUGAUAGUAAAAGCUGGUGGAAAGUAUUGAAUUCAAAAAAUCAAUCUGGAUUUGUACCAUCGAAUUAUGUGAAACGAGAAAAAACAUCAAUUUUUGAUAGUAUAAAAAAUCGUGUUAAGAAAAAAGAUUAUAAAAAUUCACCAGUAUCAUCACCAUUAUCGAAUAAAGCAUUUAUUAAUAUUGAUAUUAAUAAUCAACAAACACCGACAACAACAAUAUCACCACCACCACCACCAUUACCAAUAACAUCAUCAACCGAUUCACAUCCAUCAUUAAUCAUAAAUAAUGAAAUAAUAAAAAUUGUAAUUGCAAAAUAUAAUUAUGAUGCACAACAAACUGAUGAAUUGACUCUAGUCAAAGGAGAUAAAAUAUCUGUAUUGGAAAAAUCAUCAGAUGGUUGGUGGCGUGGUCGUACACCGAAUGGUGAAAUUGGUUGGUUUCCAUCCAAUUAUGUUCAAGAACCGGAUGAUAAAACGACGACUACGACGACCGCUACCAAUAAUAACAACAAUAACAAUUCGAAUGGACAAAAUCAUCAAAUAUAUCAGAAUGAUGAAUUACAAAAUAAUAUGAAUAAUAUUUCAUUCAAUCAAAAUGGAAUGAAAAAAAUUGAUUUUCCAACAUUAGAUUGGGUUAUAGCAUUAUAUCCAUUUCAAUCACAAAAUAAUGAAGAAUUAAGUUUUCAAAAAAAUGAAAAAUUAGAAAUUUUGGAACGACCGGAAAAUGAUCCUGAUUGGUGGAAAGCACGUAAUGAUAAUGGUGAAAUUGGUUUGGUUCCUAAAAAUUAUGUUAAAAUCUGUAAUCAAGAUAAUCAAGGAUUAUUUGAAUCAUUGAAUUCAGAUUUCAAUCGUUUAGCUGUUGAAACAAAUGGAUCAUCAUCAUUAUUAUCAUCAAAUAAUCCAAUACAAAUGGAUAUUAGUCAUCAAAUAUGGUACUAUGGUUGUAUAUCACGUGGUGAUUGUGACAAACUUUUAAAUGAAUAUGGACAAGAUGGUGAUUUUCUUAUACGUGACAGUGAAACAAAUAUUGGUGAUUUUUCUGUUUCAUUAAAAGCACCACAACGUAAUAAACAUUUUCGUGUACAUUUUAGCGAUGGUAUUUAUCAUAUUGGUCAAAGAAGGUUUCAAUCAUUAGAACAAUUAAUUGAACAUUAUAAAAAAGCACCAAUUUAUACUAGUUCAGAUGGUGAUAAAUUAUAUCUAAUCAAACCAUUUGUUAAAAGAUAAUUUUUAAAAAUCAGAAUUGGAAAUUUUUUUUUGAAUGAAAUUCUUCAUUUUUUUUACCUGAAAACACUCCGAAUCAGGAAUGUAUUUUCACCGGAGAAAAUUGUUUAGGCGGCUUUUUUAUUUAACGCGUUCGCUACCGGAGAUUUCGAAAAACACAUAGAACUACAGCAAAUAAACGACGCAUAUAUGCGUCGCUGGUAGCGAACGCGUUAA